UUUUAGUCACCAUAGUAAGCAUUUAGAACUAACCUAACCCCCUUUCGGUGGUUAGGGCCUGGGGACGCCUAGGCUGCGGCAGCUCGGGGGCCAAGACCCAAUUUGGACAAAAAAACUGCCGUUUUCGGGGAAACUGCCAUGACGUCCACGCCAUGGUUAAGCCAAAUAUCGGACUCCUUUACUGACACUAUCGCAGUUCAAUCCAUCUCAGUUCAAUACAAACACUAUGUGGGGUCAGCUCUCCCGUCGUACCUUGCCGCUAAUCCGGGCUUGGUGCACCCGCCCUUUCAGUUAUGACGUGAUAGUAGUGGGCGGGGGACAUGCCGGUUCCGAAGGCGUGUCCGCCGCCGCUCGCAUGGGUUUAAACGCCCUCUUGGUCACCCACAAACGUGAUGCCGUCGGUGAGAUGUCAUGUAAUCCGAGUUUCGGCGGUAUCGGCAAAGGUCACUUGAUGAAAGAGAUCGACGCUUUGGACGGCUUAUGCGCCCGCAUCUGCGACCAAUCCGGCAUCCAAUAUAAGAUGCUUAAUCAACGCAAAGGUCCGGCAGUUCAAGGACCUCGUGCUCAAAUCGAUCGCAAACUCUACAAACGCCAUCUCCAAGAAUCUCUCUUUGCCCAAACGGGCGUGUCCGUGUUGGAAGGAUCAGUGGAGGAUCUGUGGUUAGAUGAGCAAGGACACUGCCAAGGGAUCGAAAUGGCCGAUGGGCGGAGAGUAGGGGCCGCCAAGGUGGUUCUCACUACAGGCACAUUUCUCCGGGGUCAGAUCAAUAUCGGUUUUGCAGUGAUGCCGGCGGGUCGCAUGGGCGAUCAACCCUCGAUUGGCUUGGCCCAAACAUUGGAGCGGUUAGCAUUUCGCUUGGGUCGAUUGAAAACGGGCACACCUCCCAGAUUGUAUCAAGACUCUAUUGAUGUGACGGGACUGCGAUCGUUUCCCGGGGAUUGUCCGCCUCAGCCGUUCUCUUUCUUAAAUGAACGGGUUUGGAUUGAGCCCGAGGAUCAGAUAUCGUGUCAUAUGACCCAUACGAACCCGAAAGUGAAUCAAAUUGUGCGUGACAGUCUCCACUUGAAUCGUCAUGUCCAGGAAGAAGUCAAUGGACCGCGAUAUUGUCCCUCGAUUGAAUCGAAAGUGUUGCGUUUCGGUGAUCGGGACCACCAAAUUUGGCUGGAACCCGAGGGGUUGGACUCGAAUAUGGUAUAUCCUCAUGGAAUCAGUUGUACAAUGCCCGAGGAAUUCCAACAGGAACUAGUUAAUCAGAUCCCAGGGCUGGAACACGCUCGUUUGGCAAAACCUGGUUAUGGGGUCGAGUAUGAUUACGUCGACCCAAGAGAGCUUAAACCAAGCUUGGAGACCAAACGAAUCCCCAACCUUUACUUCGCCGGUCAAAUCAACGGAACAACGGGCUACGAAGAGGCCGCAGCGCAAGGUCUUAUCGCCGGAAUCAAUGCGGCAGCCAGUGUCUUGGACCGAUCUCCCAUUCAAAUUGAUCGCACAGAGGGUUACAUCGGUGUUUUGAUUGAUGACCUCACCUCACUAGGAACCAACGAGCCCUACCGAAUGUUCACAUCACGGGCAGAGUUCAGGCUUCAUCUCCGUCCAGAUAAUGCGGAUUUCCGUCUCACCUCCAAGGGCAUCGACAUCGGUUGUGUGGGUCCAGAAAGACGGGAGAAAUUCCGUCACACCCAUCGGGAGUUCCAGCGCUACUUUCUGGCCCUCUCCAAAGACUCGCGACUUCGCCGGGAUUGGAAGGCAGUCCUGGGCAUAGAGCUUGGCAAAGGUCAAGCUUACACGAGUGCCAAGGCUCUGGUUCGAUCUGGUCUGGAUAUGAACACCCUGGAGAAGGCCCUACCCGAAAUUUAUGAGGGGUUGACCCAGUCCCGCCGUCUCCAGGAACGGCUUAAGAUCGAGAUCACUUACGAGCAAUACUGUCAACGACAGAAGCACGAGAUUGAAGAGAUCCAAAGGGACGAGGCCCUACAAAUCCCUGCUGAUGUGGAUUACACCGAAUUAAAACUUGGUCUGUCGAAUGAAGAAGUGGAAAAACUCACCCUGAUCAAACCAUCGACGAUCGCCGCUGCCUCGAGAAUCCCGGGGGUUACACCCCACACUUUGCUGGCAUUGCUCCAAUACAUCAAGAAAAAGGCUUUUGGAAACAUACCAGAGCCUAUUGAGACGCAGUCACUUUCGUAAUGAGAUUAAAGAAAAUUCAGGAGA